AUGUCUGCCUCUUCAGUGGUAAGAAGCCGCGCCGGGCUAUUCCGACCUGCUUCAUGCAUCUCUCGUACAAGUCACUUCUUCUCUACCAGCCGCCAGCUCCGUGAAUCAAAACCAACACCCACCUCAGACCGUCCUACUCACUUUGGAUAUGAGACGGUCACCGAAUCCGUGAAACAGGAGCGAGUUGCCGAAGUCUUCACCAGUGUGGCAGAAUCAUACGAUAAGAUGAAUGACUUGAUGUCGAUGGGUAUUCAUCGCCUAUGGAAAGAUCACUUCGUUUCCUCGCUGAACCCAGGGGCUACAAACCCUACAGGUAUGCCCCAGCGCAUCCUGGAUGUUGCCGGAGGAACUGGUGAUAUCGCUUUUCGCAUGCUGCAGCACGCCCAUGUCAACAACGGCAACCCAAAUGUACACGUUACGAUAUCAGACAUCAAUCCAGCAAUGCUGAGUGUUGGUAGGCAGCGCUCCCUGUCUCUUCCAGCCUCUCAUCAGUCUUCUCUUUCCUUCCUCGAGGCAAACGCCGAGGUUCUGCCAUCAUCGCUCAAAGACAACUCCCUUGACCUAUACACAGUUGCCUUUGGAAUACGGAACUUCUCCAACAUGCCCGCAGCCUUGAGAGAGGCUUACAGAGUCCUGAAACCGGGCGGCAUCUUUGCCUGUAUGGAGUUUUCUAAGGUGGACAAGUAUCCCAUCUUCAAUGCAAUUUACAAGCAAUGGUCCUUCAGCGCGAUCCCAUUGAUUGGACAGCUGGUUGCAGGAGAUCGUGACAGCUAUCAAUAUCUCGUUGAGAGCAUUGAACGGUUUCCUUCCCAAGAAGACUUCCGGGACAUGAUUGCUGAUGCAGGUUUUGCCAUUGUGGGGAAAGGUUAUGAAGAUUUGACUGGCGGCGUCGCGGCUAUCCACAAAGGCAUCAAACCUCUGUGA